UAUUCAAAAGUUACAUUUUUAUAUGAUAAAAUAAUAAUCAUCUUAUAAAAAGUAAUUAUUUUUUGGAUUUCGCUUCCAUUCGUAUCAAACCCAUUCACUUGUCCAGACCCUCUUCACACACAAAUAAUGAUUCAAGUUCUAACACCCAUUUUCAUCUUCCUGGUUUUAUACCUUUUGUGGAAUGUUUACAAGAACCAGAAAACUAGAAGAAGCAAAAUUAAUCUUCCACCGGGAAGCUUCGGAUGGCCGUUUCUCGGAGAAUCUCUCGCGCUGCUACGUGCACAUUGGGAUGGAGUUCCAGAAAGAUUCGUUGAAGAACGGAUCCAGAAACACGGAAGCCCUCUAGUGUUUAAGACGUUGUUACUUGGCGAACGUAUGGCGGUGUUGUGUGGUCCUGCUGGUAACAAAUUCGUGUUUGGGAACGAAAACAAGCUGGUGGCGGCCUGGUGGCCUUUGCCGAUGAGAAAGCUAUUUGGCAGGUGCUUGGUAACAAUUCGUGGCGAUGAAGCAAAGUGGACGAGAAAGAUGUUGUUAUCGUAUCUUGGUCCUGAUGCUUUCGCGACUCGCUAUGCUGCCACCAUGGACGUCGUCACCCGUCGCCAUAUCGAACUUCAUUGGCAAGGGACACGCUUUUAUAGCGCAAAUAAUGCAGCAAACGCCAUUAGGACGGAACUCAUGAUGAUUAUCAAGGCAAGAAGAAUGGAACUUGAAGAAGGAAAGGUUUCAUCUUCACAAGACCUCUUAUCACAUUUUCUUACAUUUUUUGACGAAAAUGGUAGGUAUUUAACUGAGAAAGAUAUCGCAAACAACAUAUUGUUACUACUGUUUGCUGGUCAUGACACCUCUACUGUUUCUAUCACUUUGCUUAUCAAGAGUCUUGGUGAACACCCCGAUGUUUAUGACAAGGUGUUGAAAGAGCAGUUAGAGAUUUCUAAGGCAAAAGAAGCCAGGGAAUUGCUGAAUUGGGAUGACAUACAAAAGAUGAGAUACUCUUGGAAUGUAGUAUCUGAAGUCAUGAGACUAAAUCCACCUGCCACUGGAGCCUUUCGAGAGGCCUUGGUGGAUAUAGAAUAUGCAGGUUAUACUAUCCCCAAAGGAUGGAAGAUAUACUUGAGUGUUGCAUCAACACAUAAGGACAUGGCUAACUUUGAGGAUGUGACACGGUUCGAUCCAUCAAGGUUUGAAGGCGCAGGACCAACUCCAUUCACAUAUGUGCCAUUUGGAGGGGGUCCUAGGAUGUGUUUGGGGAAAGAAUUUGCCCGAAUGAAAGUACUUGCGUUCCUUAACAACAUCAUAACCAAUUUCAAAUGGGAAGUGUUGAUACCUGAUGAGAAAAUUGAAUAUGAUCCCAUGCCUACUCCAGUAAAAGGGUUUCCGAUUCGUCUCCAUCCUCAUCAUAUUGAAUAAUUUUAGCAUGAAUGGAUUAUGGAUGUCCCAGAUGAUUAUAGAUUAUUCAUGUUUUGAUUUGCAUGUGGGAAGUCAUAUGUUGGAUAUUGGAUAUAUGGUGAAUGUAUAUUUAGUAAAUUUUUAAUUUAGUGAAAUUAUAAAUAUUAUUUAAUUUCUUCA